CAUGCUACUAUUGUCUAACAGGAGAGCGGGCUAUUUGCAAAAUAAAGGUAGCCUCCUGUCUCGGUGUUUGCCCCUACGCGGGCUGAUUCAUGCGAGCGGGGUGAUUGUCUUUCCUUUUCCCCCUUUUAAUGUGAAAUGAGCGCCUAUCGUUAGCGGUAUCCUCUGGGUUUUUCCUCCCAGACAGCUUGAGCUCCUCGCCGGGUCGGAUGCUGGAACUCCUCGCCGAUAAGAGAUCGCGCAGGGCUCGCAGGAGAAAAGCAGACUGGACGCGGAAGGAAGGAAGCAAAGGAAGAAUAGAGCAACAUUUUAAUACCAAAUCGGGACUCAUGUUGAGCUAACGGCCCUCGCCACCUCCUCCCCCCUUCUUCUCCUCCCAAAUGCAUUUGUUGCCUCAGUCGCUUUCCCGUUACUAAUUACUGCGCGUUAGAGAGAGCCAGCAGCUCCGAGGAUCCCCCGCUCGCCGUCUUGGAAGGACGAUCAUGGAUCUGAGCAAAAUCGCUGUCAGCAUCAACAAGGCCAUCAACACACAGGAGGUCGCUGUCAAAGAGAAGCAUGCCAGGACCUGCAUCUUGGGGACCCAUCAUGAGAAAGGUGCCCACACCUUCUGGGCGGCAGUCAACCGGCUUCCUCUCUCCAGCAAUGCCGUGCUCUGCUGGAAGUUCUGCCACGUCUUCCACAAGCUGCUGCGGGAUGGGCAUCCAAACGUGAUAAAGGACUCCAUGAGGAACAAGGCUGAUUUAACUGAUAUGAGCAGGAUGUGGGGUCACCUGAGUGAAGGCUACGGGAAGCUGUGCAGCAUCUACCUCAAACUGCUCAUCACCAAAAUGGAGUUUCACAUCAAAAACCCUCGUUUUCCAGGAAACCUUCAGAUGUCAAACCGACAGCUCGACGAGGCGGGAGAGAACGACGUCAACAACUUCUUCCAGCUGACCGUAGAGAUGUUUGACUACCUGGAGUGUGAGCUCAACCUCUUCCUGGGUGUGUUCAGCUCUCUCGACAUGUCUCGGUCGGUCUCUGUGACGGCGGCGGGUCAGUGUCGUCUGGCCCCCCUCAUCCAGGUUAUCCUCGACUGCAGCCACCUGUACGACUACACCGUCAAGCUGCUGUUUAAGCUGCACUCAUGCCUUCCAGCUGACACUCUCCAGGGCCACAGAGAUCGCUUCCAGGAACAGUUCAAGAAGCUAAAGAGUCUGUUUUAUCGCUCCAGUAACCUGCAGUAUUUUAAGAGGCUGAUUCAAAUCCCACAGUUGCCUGAGAACCCUCCAAACUUCCUGCGUGCGUCUGCUCUGUCGGAACACAUCAGCCCCGUGGUCGUGAUCCCCGCCGAGUCGUCGUCCCCGGAGUCGGAGCACGUAGUUGAAACGGACGACCUGGUGGACACAGACGUCCCCGUGCUGCCGGCUCCUUUGGAGACCAAAUUUGACGACCUGUUUGGCACCUCGGCUGCUAUCGACCCGUUCAACUUCAACAGCCAGAACGGCAUGCGCAAGGAUGACAAAGACCGGCUGAUCGAGCAGCUGACGAGGGAGAUCCAGGCCCUAAAAGAGGAGCUGGAGUCUUUCAGACUGGAGAGCGGUCGAUUGUGUCAGGCUCUGCGGGGGCGAGUCAACGAGCUGGAGGCGGAGCUCGCCGAGCAGAGCCACCUGAGGCUGCAGGCUGUGGGAGAGAGCGAGUUCCUGAAGGCCGAGCUGGACGACGUGCGGAGGGUCAGGGAGGACACGGAGAAGGAGCAGAGAAGCCUGACGGAGAUUGAGAGAAAAGCUCAGGCCAACGAGCAGCGCUACACCAAGCUGAAGGAGAAAUACACCGAGCUGGUUCAGAGCCACGCAGACCUGCUGAGAAAGAACGCAGAGGUGACCCGGCAGAUGACGGUAGCUCGGGCGGCACAGGAUGAAGUGGAGGCGGUGAGGAAAGAGAUGCAGGAGAAGGUGAAGGCCGCUCAGGAGGCGGCGGACAGACAGGAGCGGGAGCAGCUCGAGCAGCUUCAGCAGCUCCAGAGAGAGCUGGUCUCAAGCCGGGCAGAGCUGGACUCCCUGAAGACCAGCAUGGCCUCUUCGCAGCAGGCUUCGAGCGAGGUGCUCGGCACUCAGCUGGCAGCGUUGGAGUCGGAGAAAGCCGAGCUGGUCCAGUCAUUGUCGAAGGUGGAGGCGGAGCUUUCGGCCCGGGGGGAGGAGCUAGAGCGGGUCCAAAGCUCGCUGGUGACGGAAAGAGAGAGCAGGGUGAAGACGGCAGAAACCCUGCAGAACCAACUCAAUGAGAAGGAGAGCAGGGAGCAGGCGUUAGAGAGCCAGCUGGCAGUGGCUCGUUGGGCCAGCCUGCAGGGCGCCGUGGAGGAGGCGGAGAAGAUCAUCCAGGACAGUCUGGCUCAGAUAGAUGACCCGGCGCACAUCAGCUGCACCAGCUCAGCAGACUACCUUGCAUCCAGGUGUCAGGCCUCCUUAGACUGUAUGGAGAGAUUAAAUUCUACCAGAGUGGCCUUCCUGGCUGACAACACGGGCGUGUCUGAGCUGGUGCGUGCAGUGACCCAGUCUGGCCACCUGGUGGGUGACACCAUAGUUCAGGGUAGUGCCACCUCCCACAUGGUGCCUGUGGAGCAGGCUGACGCCCUGUCGGAGAGUGUGAAGGUGUGCGGGGCUGAAGCUUUGGCUCUCCUGGGACAGAUGAAGCAGCAGGACGGCCUCGCUGCAGCGGACAGCGGCAAGCUGAAGGCAGCUCUGGAGGCCGUCCUGGCCACGGCAGAGAAAUUGCGUCCUCGGGGUUUGGAGCUGCAGCAGGGGGAGCUGGGAGACCUCGUGGAGCAGGAAAUGGCUGCCACUUCUGCCGCUGUGGAAUCAGCCGCUGCCAGGAUAGAGGAAAUGCUCAACAAGUCUCGAGCAGUUGAUACAGGAAUCAAGAUGGAGGUCAACGAGAGGAUCUUGGCCUCUUGCACAGAGCUCAUGCAGGCCAUCAAGGAGCUUAUUUUGUCUUCCAAAGAUCUGCAAAGGGACAUCGUGGAGAGUGGAAGGGGGGCAGCCUCCAUGAAGGAAUUUUAUGCCAAGAACUCACGCUGGACCGAGGGCCUGAUCUCUGCCUCCAAAGCGGUAGGAUGGGGCGCCACAGUCAUGGUGGAUGCUGCUGACCUGGUGGUUCAGGGCAAAGGGAAGUUUGAGGAGCUGAUGGUGUGCUCACAUGAAAUUGCUGCCAGCACAGCACAGCUCGUGGCUGCUUCCAAGGUAAAAGCAGACAAAGACAGCACCAAGCUGCACCGCCUGCAGCAGGCGUCCCGCGGCGUCACACAGGCCACCGCGGCUGUCGUGGCCUCCACUAAGUCUGGGAAGUCCCAGAUUGAAGAGACAGACACUAUGGACUUCUCCAGCAUGACUCUCACCCAGAUCAAGCGACAGGAGAUGGAUGCACAGGUCCUGGUUCUGGAGCUGGAGAUGCGUCUGCAGAAGGAGCGAGAGCGUCUCGGCGAGCUGAGGAAGAAGCAUUACGAACUGGCCGGCGUAGCAGAAGGCUGGGGCGAGGACGAAGAGGGCACAGGCUGAUCCCCGCCACCGGUGGCGUCCCCCCUUCCUCCUCCUCAACACAGAAGACCGGCUUCUGUCUGCCUCUUUCUAUUUAUAGACACACUUUUCAGCCUUUCUUCUCCCUUGUUGUUAUUUUUUUUUAAUUAUUUGUUUGUCUGUUAUCCAAGCCAAAUGAAAAGGUGCUUCUUUUCUAAACUCGCUUCUCCACCCAUGUCCCGAAGCUUCCAUAAAGGACAGCACCAAGGGCUCAGCAACAGCGGAGGAUGGGUGGGGGUGUUAGUGCUAUCAGAGGGAUGAACACAUGCACACGAGGAGCGGCGUGAAAGAUGACCCACAGCCCGGCUUCAGGGCCUUCUCCUCCUCCUGGACUGUGUUGGGAAAACACAGCGGCGAGGUCUCUUAUUGUCGUUUCCCUCCUCGCUGCACAAGUUCUACUCGUCAUCCCGGGACGCACCGCACAAAGGCCGAACUCUGAGGAGCAGGACGGAGGGGGGGAGAUGAGUCCACCCUGCCCAAAUUCAUGUCUCUGUAACACAGACGGCGUGCUCUCCCGUUAAAAACAGAUGUUUUUGUCCGGCGCAUGAAGCCGCGGGAUCCCGAGAUGCUUUGUUUUUUUUCUCACUGUGAGUUCUCACCUUAUCGAGUCCGCUUCGCUGGACUUUCUGCCUUUCACCUCCUCACCAUUGUAACGACUGUGACUGUUAACUUAAACACCGACCCCUCCCACACACACACAGACACAGCCCUGAUUUUUGGUCUUUAUUUUAAUAAACACUCAAAUAGAACGGUCCAUGUGCAGGAGGGUUGGGUUGCAAAGUAGCACACACAAACUGUCUUCUCCCUGUGAACUACCUCAUGCUACAUCAUUGGAGGUAGCCGUGCAUCAGGGGGAAGGUUUAGAUGAGCAGGUUUGCUGAAAACACUAAUAACAUGGGUCUGAUUUUUCAGAUUUUCUCUCUUUUACUGGUUAAACUGGGGCACAGGGUAGUGAGAGGCAGCCCUCUUUAUUAUUAUUAUUAUUAUUAUUAUUAUUAUUUUUAAUAUAGAGCUCGUUCUGAUGUCUUUUUCUCUUCAUCAAAACACAAGUUUUGCUCCUCGGUUCAGUAAAGACAAAGACCCUCCUCUGCUGUUUCAUCACAAGCUUAGCCCGAUAAAUCAGCAGGAGAAGCAAUAUCCAUGAGAACUUUGACCUUUCUUGAAGUCAGACUUAAACGAGGACUCGAGGCCAUUCCCACUGCACAAACCUUUAGAUCGACCCGGUUGAUCAUGUGACCCAGCCUCUCGCCACGCACAGCGGGGGACCGACUGCCGUUAUUUUCCCCGAAUUCCUUCUCUGAGUGACAGAGGGAUCACGGGGACGCCAACUAAAGCAAACUGCAGUGUUUUUUCAAUAGCUUCCUAAAGACCAAGUAGCUGUGUACAUAAACUACAAGCCUCCUGUUGUUGGAAAUAAUAAUUUUGCUUGCUUUUAAGGAUUCGGUUUAACUGAAACGAAACGGUUAGUUUCCUAACUUCCUGCUGAACCUGACGAGCUGCCGUUUGGCUCUGGACUCUGAAACCUGAGACGAGCAGGCGUUUAUUUUCAACCCUCAACACGUUACUUUACCUUCUUUCUAUUCGAUGACUCUCGCCGCGGUUGGUGGUGGUGGGGGUUUGUCUCUCUCUGUGUCUUAACGUACUUUAGUUUCGGACGCUCCGCUUCAGCUGCGUAUCUCUAAAAGGUUGUGACACUGGGUAAUUUAACAGCUGCUGGUCGAAUAGUAUUUGCCAAUAAUAAUAAGUAUUAUCUGCAGUGCUAUUGAGUCCAGGUCUUUUUGUACUAAAUGAUUUUUAGCUGUAGUCUGUCACUUCUUCCACACCUGGUAGCUGACUUCAGUAGAAAAAGAAGAACCUCCAUAAAAGAAAGGAGCAUUUUCUUUGUAUGGAUUUUUUUUCCCCAAGUGUCUUGAAAGACGAGUCGAUUGCACCUCGAGUGACAUUUUGGGUUUUUAUUUUUUAUUUUUUUUGCCCAAAUUACCUUUUUAUUAACCUCUCUCACUCCCUCUUUGGCUCUCUCUCUGGUUCAUGUCUGUUUAGUCCUACCAGCUCAGCCAGCCUUUCAAACUGCCUCACACUGUAGUCAGAGAGAAACAGAUACUCACAUAGCAACAUUGAAAUAUGUCUUUGUAUAAUAUACUAAAACUAUGUUGGUGGGUUUGUUUUUAUUUUUUCAGUUUUUAAAAAUAAAUAUUUCAGCUCAUUAAUACAGA